AUGAAUUUCAUUACAUGUCUGAAUCUUGUGCUUGUUCUCGCUACCGGUUCAAUCGGAAGUCCAAUUAAGCGAACUCAAGAGGUAGAGAUUACCUUCAUUGGCGCAGCGGACGCCCAAUUCUCGCAAAGCUUCCCUACUGACGGCUCCAUGGUCUCUAUUUCCAAUGUACUAAGUAUCUCCCAUGUCUCUUCCGCCGAUGGGAAUGUCCAGUGUACAUUCAACGGCAUCGACAGCAGUGUCACGACCAUCAAUGGAGCCGAGACAGUUGAUGUCGGGCCUCCACAAACACAGAUUUCUGGAUCGUGCCAUUUGUCUGAUUCCACUCCACUUCCACCUACAGAGCAGGUCCAGGUUACUUUCAUUGGAGCCGCUGAUGGGGAAUUCAUGCAGAGUUUCCCGGUGGGUGGCGGAUCUGUGCAGAUAAGUAAUCCGCUGAGUAUUUCUCACAUCGAGACGGAUGUCAGCGGUUUUGUCUGUACAUUCUAUGGGGUUGAUUCGAGCAUUACCACUGUUAGUGGGGCAGAAUUGGUGGAUGUUGGUCCCCCUCAGACUCAGGUAUCUGGUACCUGUGAGUCUAUGUAA